UGGUUGACGUGUUUUUAGCCGCGGAACAGCAAAAAUGGCGAAAUCGAAAUCUGCAAAGUGCGCGAAAAUAUCGCUUUGCAUUGUUGGCCAAUUUAGCUACUAAAGGGAAUAUUGAUUCUUUGUAACUUAAUCGUGAAGAGAAUUCAUUUUGUGUUUAUCGUGAAACAUUUAUUUUAUCUAUAAUUUGUCGUUUUAGCAUUAAACGACCUUCAGGUCUGUUUGUACACAGCGGUGCGUAGUGCACUGUGGGACAGCAAUGGUGGGCGCGUGAUUUUGAACAAAUUCGAGAUAUCAAGGGAACGCGUAGGUAUGUACGAUAAAUCGUGGAACUUCUUUUUGAAAGCAUUUAAAUGACAUUGUAAUGUUUGGGGAGCAUGUUCGCCAUAUAUAUAACGAUUUUAUCAUAAAUAAUGUGAGUUUCGUGGCACGCCCCCACCCAACACUGUACGUACCUGAUACGAAUUGGUGAAUUUUAGGUUAAGUUGAAUUUUGUGUGAUAUCGAGCUUAUGUUUAGAAAGAUUCUCAUUAAAUUUUACCAAUUAAUAUUUGGAGUGUUUUUCAUUGAACAGAAUGUUUCUGCCGAAUUAAAAUGAGUGCAUUAAAGUUCAUUAAAUACGUGUACCAGUUCGUUUUACGGAAAAUGGCGCGUUCUAGCAAUAAAUGGCGCUAAUGUUCCUGAGUGGUUCAUUCUUCGAAUUUUCCAUCAUCAUUCAAAUUUGAUUGUUCUAAUAAUUAAGAGUCAAGAAUUGACCUGUCAUCUGCAUUAUUAUCUAUAUUAGUAAUAUCGUCAUGUCUUUGAAUAAAGGACAGAAUGCAAGGGCUUUAGUUGAACCUUUAGCUCUUGAUUCACGUACAUUAGGCGAUGGAGAUCUUAGUGCUCUAACACUGUCACAUAACAAUGAACAAUAUACAUCAAAUGAUUUUGAAGCAUUUGCGAAUAUUCAAGCUGAAUUGGAAUGUAUGAAUGCGGAAGAAGUCAUGGCUACUGACGAAGAGCAAGUAAUGAUAGAGCAAAACAUUGAGGCUGAAACUAUUGUACCUGAUGUGGAAAUGUCUGAAGUUUCAGAACAAAUUCAAGCGGAAGAAAUAGUUUUCACAAGUGCAAGUCAAAAUAAUCAAAAUAUUAUAUUUCAAACUAAGCCGUCGCUGCAAAGGGUUCCUGUAUCUGCAGUACAGGUCAAACAAAAUAUUUGCCCAGCUACUCAAAGUCAGUCAAUCAUGAUAGUUUCUCCAGCAAGUGGGCAAGGCACUAGCCAAAUUCUAAAAAUUUCUCAUCCGGCAUCAGCAUCAACUGGACAAUUACAAUCAAUAGCACAAACCCUUAUAACAGCAAAACCUGCGGAUGGUAGUGUUCUACAAUUAAGAUCUACACAAGCAAAUAAGCCCGUGAUGGCAACUAGCCAUUCUGGGAGUAUUACAUUAAGUAAUAUACAAAAUGUAAAAACAGUGCAAACAACCAAACGUUCAGUACAAAGUAAUCAACAAAAUCGGAAUGUUUAUACUAAAAUGAUAUUAGCUGGAAGUCAAGCACAACCAGGACAACAAGUUCUUAUAACAAGUUCACAGAAUGAAAUUCAACCAGCUCAAACGAUAAAGUUUUUAAGUAGUAAUGUAAGUAGUCAAAAUAUAACAAGUCCAACAAAAACUAUAACAUUGGCACAAGCACAACAAAUGGGAUUAUUAACUACAAACAAAGUUCAGCAUAUUUUACCAUCAACUCCUCAAAAACAAGGUAUUAUUGUUAACAAAGUGGUUCAGUCCUCAUCGUCUCAAUCAUCUAAAAUGACAAUAGUUCCCAGUAGUGCUGUAAAAUCCCCAACAAAAAUUUUACCAGCGCCGAUAAUUAAUUCUCAAGUUAAAGCAUCUACAAUUUCAAAUCAACAAUCAGUAUUUUCUUCUUCAACUAAAACAAAUGUGCAGCCAAGUCCGCAAAAAGUAAUUAUUAGACAGAGUUCUUUAAAGCCCGGAACGGUAUUAGGAAGUGGACAAGUUAUUAGAAUACCUGCAAAUCAAAAUAUUGUAACUGGAUCCAGUCAAGUACAUCAAAUUCAAAUGCCAGGAAGACAGGUGCAAUAUGUCAGAUUGGUGAGUACUCCUUCAUCUGGAAGUACUAAUGUUGUUACUGUAGGUAAAUCAAAACCACAAACACAAACUUUACAAACUGUAGGAGUAAGUCAAAAGUUAGGUGGACAACAACAGAUAGUAAAGGUUGUUCCUUUAAACACUAGUAAUCAAUCGUUAAGAACAGUAGCACCAAAGACUACACUAACUGGAAGCGGCCAGAGAUUGUUAAUUCCUGCUGCUGCAACAGUAGGAAGUCAAUCGAAAAAUGCUGUUGCUAUACCAGCAUCUGCUUUAAGUCAACUUGCAUCUGGUCAAGCCGUUCUUUCAGCUAAUUCGAACGUUAGUAAUAUUGUCGUUUUGCCAGCACAAUAUAUACAACAGCAGCAUACAGAUGACGGAAAAAUAAAAUCUCAGCAAUCUACUCCUAACUUAUUAGGAAAUACACAAAGUUUACAAAGUCCAACUAGCAAUUUAACUUCUGGAUCUAUUUCUGAAAGUAAAGUAUCUCAAAGAUCAUAUGCAAAUGUUGAACCGAAUGGUAUUAGACCGAGGAAACCGUGUAAUUGCACUAAAUCGCAAUGUCUUAAACUAUAUUGUGAUUGCUUUGCAAAUGGAGAGUUUUGUCAUAUGUGCAAUUGUAAUAAUUGCUCUAAUAAUCUUGGCAACGAAGAAGAAAGGCAAAGAGCGAUCAAAUCGUGUUUGGAACGUAAUCCGAAUGCUUUUCGUCCAAAAAUUGGAAAAGGUCGUGAAACUGGUGAUGAUAUACGUAGACACAAUAAAGGAUGUAAUUGUAAACGAAGUGGAUGUUUAAAAAAUUAUUGUGAAUGUUAUGAGGCUAAAAUUCCGUGUUCUGCAAAUUGUAAAUGCAUAGGAUGUCGAAAUAUAGAAGAACCUAAUUUAGAAAAAAAAUCAUUAAAAGAUUUGGCAGAUGCAGCUGAAGUAAGGACAGCACAAUUAACAUUAAAUAAAGCAAAGUUACAAUUAUCUGAAAUGGCUUUCAGACCGCCUGCUGUUUCAAAUACUGGUGCAAGGCAACCAUUUAAUUUUUUGACCGAUAAGGUAGUAGAAAUGACUUGUCAGUGCUUAAUGGCACAAGCUUAUGAAGCUGAGCGCGAUAUGUUUGAUGAUGAAACAUCGCAAAGACUUAUAAUUGAAGAAUUUGGACGAUGUCUCAAAGAAAUCAUAGAGUCGGCACAUAAAGCAGAAGCUACCUAGCAGGUGCAGUUUGAAAAUAAUUUUUUUUUUCAUUGUUACAAACGUCCACAAAAAUUUUACGAUUAAGAAUAUUAAUUCUCAAUAUAUUUUAAAUAUAUUAUUCAAAUUAAAUCAUGAAAUUCGCAAUGGAAAUGUUACAUACCAAAGAAUGAAAUAAAAAUGCAAAUACAUUUUUAUUAUAUAUGAUACAUCACAAUCAAGAGAGCGGUAUUUAUGACAGUUAAAUCAUGAUAACUACAUCUAAAUAAAACAUCUAUUUGAUUUAUAAUUGAAUUCGAAAUUUGAAUACAACAAAAUAUUAGGGGCUAAUUAGAUGGUAGGGUAUAUAUAUUAUCAUACAUAAUAUUAUAUAUAUAUGUGAUGAUGUAAAAAUUAAUAUUUAUUUCUAUGAAAUCUAUGAAAAAGUUAUAAGAGAGUUUAGUAAAUUUUGUGGUACUGUUUGCCUGUGGGUAUGACGAAUAAUAUUAUAUUGCUUUAAAUUCAGUAUAAGAGAAAUUUGUCUUAUUGUAAUUAAAAUAGUCAAUUAUUGCUUUCAGUGAGAUAUAUAUAUAUAUAUAUAUAUAUAUAUAUAUAUAUAUAUAUAUAUAUAUAUAUAUAUCAUUUCUUUGCAUGUGUGGAUAUAGCAAUAUAUUCAUUACAAAAUAUUUUUGCGUGCAAGAUAUAGUAAUAUUACAGAUGACUUUUAGUUUUUAACUGUAUAAAUCAUUCAGCAUGUAUAAUAAUUACUGGAUAUAUUAAUUCUAACAUUAAUUAAAUAAUUAAGGCCAUUAUUACAUAAAUCCCUUCUUAUGUUUUCGUUUGAUUAUUCUUGAUGAAAUAUGAUGUUUAAAAAUACUGUAUUAUGGAGUAUUAUAUUUCAUAUUAUAAUUCAGAUAAUAUUGAUUCUUGAGUUUUUAUAAAAUCAUUAUCGAUAAAUGUGAUAUUUCGAAAUAUGAAA